GAAAUUAAAUCUCUUUUCAAAGACAUAAAAAGAUGCCUCGUGGAACAUUUGAAGUUAUUCUGAUCAGUGCCAAAGGCAUAGACAACAAUGAUUUUCUGACAAACAUUGAUCCUUAUGUGAUUCUCUCAUACCGUUCUCAAGAGCACAAAAGCACUGUGGCAGAAGGUGCUGGAUCCAACCCACAAUGGAAUGAAAGCUUUCUUUUCACUGUUUCUGACAGUGCUUGUGAGCUUAAUCUGAAGAUCAUGGAUAAAGACAAUUUUAGUCAAGAUGAUUUCCUUGGCGAGGCAACGAUUACUCUUGAUGCAGUGUUUGAUGAGGGUAGCCAUCCAGAGACUUCUUACAAUGUUGUGAAGGACAAAGAAUACUGUGGAGAGAUCAAGGUUGCUCUCACUUUUACUGCUGAGAGAGGUGGUGCUGGCCGGGACGAAUACGGUGGACAGGAGGAGAGUUAUGGUGGAUGGAAUGAAUCAGCCAGGGACUUUUAGAGUGAAGGAGGGAUUUAUUUAUCUUAAUUACUCUUGUAACAGAAUAUAAUGUGUUGGAUCAAUUUGGUAAACUUUUUAUCACUCUGGUGUGGUUAUUUGAUGACAUUGUGCUUUUAACUAUGUCUCUUACAUGUUUGGUUUCUUUCUUCA